AUGUCACCAGCAGCAUCGGCAGUUGUGGGACGAGAGAAGGAGUCAAACUUGGCUCGUCUGCUCGGUUCAGGUACCGCUGGUAUCUCCGAGCUGGCGCUUUUCCACCCUGUGGACACUAUCGCGAAGCGAUUGAUGAGCAACCACGGCAGAGUCGCUAGCGCAAGCCAAUUGAACCAAGUCAUCUUCAAGGACAAGGCCUCCGCACCCUUCGCACGAAAGUUCGUCUCGCUAUUCCCCGGCCUGGGCUACGCCGCCGGCUACAAGGUGCUCCAGAGAAUAUAUAAGUAUGGCGGACAGCCCAUUGCGCGCGACUACCUGGGCAAGCACUACGGAAAAGACUUUGAGAAUGCUUUUGGCAAGAAGACGGGCAAGGCUAUCAUGCAUUCUACUGCUGGCAGUCUGAUUGGUAUCGGUGAAAUCGUCCUGCUGCCCCUUGAUGUCCUCAAGAUCAAGCGCCAGACAAACCCUGAGGCUUUCCGUGGCCGUGGUGUCCUGAAGAUUGUCGCCGACGAGGGCUUCGGCCUGUACCGCGGCUGGGGAUGGACUGCUGCUCGAAACGCACCCGGCUCUUUCGCUCUCUUCGGAGGUUCUGCUUUCGCCAAGGAGUACCUCUUCUCGCUUGAGGACUACAACAAGGCCAGCUGGUUCCAGAACUUUGUCGCUUCCAUCGCUGGUGCUUCCGCCUCUCUCGUCGUCUCUGCUCCCCUCGAUGUUAUCAAAACCCGAAUCCAGAACCGCAACUUCGACAACCCCGAGAGUGGCUUUAGAAUCCUGACCAACAUGGCCAGGAACGAGGGCUUCUCCAGUUUCUUCAAGGGACUUGUUCCUAAGCUGCUCAUGACUGGACCUAAGCUGGUCUUUUCUUUCUGGCUCGCCCAGACUCUGAUCCCCGCUUUCGACACCAUGUUCAGCAAAUAG